AUGGAGGAACAGCAGGGGGAGGAGGAGGCGCAGCCCUGCCGCAUCCAGGUGGUGGUGCGCGUGCGGCCAGUGCUGCCGCACGAGAGCCUGGGUGACGUCGCGGUGACGUGUGCGCCCGACGGCACCAAAGUCCAGGUGCUGCUGCCAGAGCGCGAGGGCGCCAAGCCCCAGCUCCCGUCCCCUCACGCCGCCUCGGCCCCUGCGUCCGGCCACCGCGAGCGGAGGGGGUCCGGCGCCGCGGGGGCGGCGGACGCUCGCCUGUAUGAGUUUGACGCAUGCCUGGCGGGCGCGACCACGCAGGCCCAGCUGUACGAUCUCUGCGGGGUGGAGGAGCUGGUGGAAGCUGCCCUGGACGGGUAUAGCGCCACAGUCUUUGCGUUUGGUCAGACCGGCAGCGGCAAGACCCACACAAUCAUCGGGCCGCGCUUGGGGCUGCAGGGGUUGGCAGCGGGCAGCAGCCAGCAGCAGCAGCAGCAGCAGCAGCAGGCAGAUGAUGUCACCACAUCAUUAGUCACUGAGGAGGACGGGCUGCUGCCGCGCUGCAUCCGCAUGGCGGCGGAGAGGGCGGCGGAUGCUGAUCAUGAGAUCGAGGCGUCCUGCUGUGAAGUAUACAACGAAGCAGUGGCCGACCUACUGGCGGCGGACAGGCAGCAGCAGCAGCGCCCGAUGCAGGUGAGGCAGGACCCGCGGACCGAGGCCUUUUACGUCGCCGGCCUGACGCAGCGGCGGGUCGCAAGCGGCCAGGAGGCGCUGGGCGCGAUGGCAGCGGCGCUGUCGUGGCGCCACACGCGCGCGCACCGCCUCAACGCGGCGUCCAGCCGCAGCCACUGCCUCAUGACGUUCACGGUGCGGAGCGAGGACCGGUCCGGUGCGGGCGCGCGCGGCCGCGGCGUGCGGCGCUGCGGCAAGCUGGUGCUCGUGGAUCUCGCGGGAUCCGAACGGCUGCGGGAGACCGGGAGCGGGGGCGGCUAUACCGCUGGCGGCGGCGGCGGCGGGGGCGGCGGCGGCUUCGGCGGCGGGGCCGGCGGGGCGCCAGGCGGCGGCAGGGACGCGCUGCGUGAGACAGGGGCGAUCAACAAAUCGCUGUUCACGCUGGGCCAGGUCCUGUGCGCGAUGGCGGGCGGCGGCGGGCGCCAGGGCCACUCCCACGUGCCAUUCCGGGACGCGCGGCUGACACAGCUGCUGUGGGACGGCCUGCGGGGCAGCGGGCGCGCGCUCAUGGUCGCCUGCCUCGCGCCGCUGCGGCGGCAGGCUGAGGAGAGUGCCAACACGCUGCACUUUGCAGGGAUGGCUCUGCGGGUGCAGGGGGAGCCCGUGGUCAGCAUCGAUCCGGAGGACCAAUUUGUGCUCGAGCUGCGCGGCACCAUCAGGGCGCUCCGCGCCGACAUCCGCUCGCUGGCCGGCGCGCUGCUUGCGGUCGGGCAGCCGGGCGCUGACGUCAGCGCGGUCCUGCAGUCGCUGCCGCCGACGCUCGUCCAGGAUGCGCUGCGGAUGGGCGUCGCCGGUUCCGCGCCGACGGGCGACCAGGCGGGCUGUGGCGGCGGCGCUGCGGGCGCGCGGAGAGCGCGGGCGACGACGAGCAGCGGGCGGCGCAGGGUGCAACAACCCCAGCCGGCAGGUCUUCUCGUGGGUGCCCCAGCCAGCCUCUCCGCCUCCCUGCCCGCUGCCAGCGGCGCGUCCAGCCCCCUGCCCGGCAGCCCCGCCCGCCGCGGCCCCUCCCCGCUCUGCACCAGCCCGGGCCCCUCCCGCCAGGGCACCGGACAGCGCCGCCGCGGGCCGGCGGCGGCGCCGGCGGGCGCCUCUUGGGGCAGCAACGGCCGCGCGUCCCCUCUGCUCGGCGCCGCACCGCCGGCCCGGACGGGCGGCGGCCCCGGGUCGCCGCUGCUGCCGCGGCGGCAGCCGGCAUGGGUCGGCGCGUCCGCGUUUGCGCCCCUCCUCGGCGCACCGCCGCCGCAGCCGCCGAUGCCGCCCACGUCUCCGCCGCCGCCCGGCGGCUGGGCGGGCGCGACAGCGUGGCCCCUGCUGCCGCCGGGUGGCAGGACGCGAGGGCUUCAGACGGCGCCUGCCGGCGCGUUUGCGGGGCUGGUGGGGAACCAGAGGAGAGUGGAUGACCUGCCCCUCUCAAGCUUCCCCGAGCUGGCAGCGAUGGAGGCCGCGUUCCAGCUGGGCAGCUCCCAGCUGCUGCUGCAUCACGGCGGCGCCGUCACGGCCGGGCAUCAAGCCUCGCCAGGCGGCGGCAGCGGCGCGGUUGCCCUGCCUCUGGUGGCCGCAGCGGGACGCGGCGUUGCAGGAGCAGCGGGCCUUGAGGCGGCUGGGGGGCAGACGAGAAGCAGUGGGCAGACCUCGCCGUCCCACCCCAACCAGCAGCAGCAGCAGCAGCAGCAGCAGCAGCAGCAGCAGCAGCAGGAGCAGCAGCAGCAGCAGCAGCAGCAGCAGCAGCAGCAGCAGCAGCAGCAGCAGCAAGAGCAGCAGCCCGACCCCACUGCCGUCUCCUGGGCGCGCCUCAACCCCUGGUUCGGCUCCGACCAGGCGAUGACGUCAGCGGCCUACGCGGCCCACGACGAUCUGAUAGCAAAGGGCGCAAAUCCUCGGACGGACGCGUACUUCCGAGGUAUUGAGGCAGCGGUGGAGGCGGCGCUGCCCGAGGCGUGGGCAAGGUGGCGGGCGCGGGGGCGGCUCGAAGGCGCGAGGGGCAGAGGAGGCUCGCCGGAGGCGGGGGCGCCGCCGCUACAGGACGCGACGCGGGCGGCAGCAGGCGGCGGCGGCUCGCUGAAGCAGCGGGGCGGCGGGGGGGCGCCGCUGCGGCCAGGGUUGACCAUGAGUCAGCUGAUGGCGCACCCCCAGCUGGCCCAGAUCAGCGCUUACAGGGCCGCACAGACCCCCGGCCCAGGCGCCCUCCCCGCCUCCCCCAGUCAGCACUUGACAGCAAUCCCAAUCGGGCUUCUGCUGCAGCCACGCGGCGGCGGCGGCGAUGGCGCCGCAACAGCGCCAGCCGCAGCAGCGGACCAUUAUGCUGGUGGGGAGGGAGCGGCUUUGCAGCAGCAGCAGCAGCAGCAGCAGCAGCAGCAGCAGCAGCAGCAGCAGCAGCAGCAGCAGCAGCAGCAGUCGCAAGCGCUCCAGGCCUCCGCGGCUGCGGGCGUGUCGGCGCUCUACGGCCGUCCCUUGCUGCACCCAGCCGCCCCACAUGGCGACACCUCACCCGAGCCGCCCUCUCCUGGCAGCCCGGAAUAUUGGACCCGACCUCCCAAUCCUGGCCAGGGCAGCGGUGCGCCGGCCAUGCCUCUUGCCGGCGCCGCUUGGGGCGGCGGCGGCGGGGCCGUUUGGCAGCCGCGCGGCGGCUACGCGGCGUGGCGGCCGGGGGUCGCCGCAGAUGGCGCAUGUGUGGCCGGCGCGGGGUCUGCCGAAGAGGCGCGCAGGGCUUACAAGGCGGAGAGGCAACUCGUGAUCGACGAGCUGCGGCGGGCGCGCGAGGAGGCCGAGCGGCAGCGGCGGGCGAUCCUGCUGCAGUUUGGCCGCGCGGUGGGGCGGCAGUGGCUGUGA